AUGGACCGGCACAGGCCGCGGCUGCGUGCCCCGGCGCAGCGCUCGGUCGCCGGGGCCGCCUACCCCGCCUCCUCCCCGGGCCGCAGCCGCCGGGACAGCGAGGCGCCGCGCAGGAAGGGCCUGCAGCGCCCUCCGCCGCCCCGCGGCCGCGCGGCGCCUGCGGAGAAGCGCCCCAAGUUUCAUUUAAAUAUCAGGACGCUGACGGAUGACAUGAUGGAUAGAUUUGCCAGCAUAAGAAUUCCAGGGAGCAAGAAAGAGAGGCCUCCACUUUCCAACCUGAGGACUGCAUUUUCAAACAAUGAUUGCUCUUCAGAAAUGAAUGAAAACAUUCCAAAACCACUGUCCGAGAAGGAAAUUUUAGAGCUUUUUGAAAAGAUGAUGGAAGAUAUGAAUUUAAAUGAAGAUAAAAAGGCACCAUUGCGGGAAAAGGACUUCGGUAUCAAGAAAGAAAUGGUGAUGCAGUACAUUAAUACUGCUUCCAAGACAGGAAGUCUUAAGAGUAAUCGACAGAUCUCACCUCAGGAAUUCAUCUAUGAACUGAAGAUGGGGUCUGAGGAUGAGAGACUCUUCACGUACCUGGAGUCCCUCCGCGUGUCUCUGACAAGUAAUCCUGUGAGCUGGGUGGAAAGCUUUGGACAUGAGGGGCUUGGAUUAUUACUCGACAUCUUGGAAAAGCUGAUUAGUGGCAAAAUACAAGAAACAAUUGUGAAGAAGAAUCAGCACAAAGUCAUACAGUGUCUGAAGGCCUUGAUGAAUACCCAGUAUGGCUUGGAAAGAAUUAUGAGUGAAGAGAGGAGUCUUUCUUUGCUAGCCAGAGCCAUUGAUCCUGAGCAGCCUGGCAUGAUGAUGGACGUGGUCAAGCUCCUUUCUGCAAUGUGCAUCGUAGGGGAGGAAAGCAUCCUUGAAGAAGUCUUGGAAGCUUUAACAUCAGCUGGAGAAGAAAGAAGAAUUGACAGAUUUUCUUCUAUUGUGGAAGGUCUUGGGCACAAUUCAGUUCAAUUGCAAGUAGCAUGUAUGCAGCUCAUCAAUGCCCUUGUUACAUCUCCUGAUGACUUGGACUUCAGGCUUCACAUCAGAAAUGAAUUUAUGCGUUGUGGAUUGAAAGAGAUAUUGCCAAAUUUAAAACAUAUUAAGAAUGAUGGCUUGGAUAUCCAACUUAAAGUCUUUGAUGAGCAUAAGGAAGAAGAUUUGAUGGAGUUCUCCCAUCGCCUUGAAGAUAUUAGAGCUGAAUUUGAUGAAGCGAAUGAUCUUUACAACAUGCUGUGGAACACAGUUAAGGAAACCAGAGCAGAGGGGUAUUUCAUUUCAAUUCUGCAGCAUCUUUUGCUGAUUCGCAAUGAUUAUUUUAUAAGGCAACAGUACUUCAAAUUAAUUGAUGAGUGUGUAUCUCAGAUUGUGCUGCAUAGAGAUGGGAUGGAUCCAGACUUCACAUAUCGAAAAAGACUAGACUUAGAUUUAAGUCAGUUUGUUGAUAUUUGCAUAGAUGAAGCAAAACUAGAAGAGUUUGAAGAGAAAGCAUCAGAACUUAACAAGAAAUUUGAAAAAGAGUUUACCGACCACCAAGAAACUCAGGCUCAAUUGCGGAAAAAAGAGGCAGAGAUUAAUGAGCUUCAAGCAGAGUUACAAGCUUUUAAAUCACAGUUUGGUGCCUUGCCACCCGGUACCUGUUUGCCUCCUUCAGAUGGAGACGGAACCGGCCCACCAGCCCCGCCGCCGCCGCCGCCGCCGCCGCCGCCGCCCUUACCGCUUGGCUGGGGGCCUGUGCCCCCACCCCCUCCGCUGGGGCUUCUCAGCGGACAGACCGCACCCCUUCCACCGACCCUGCCUUUUGGGUUAAAACCAAAGAAAGAAUUUAAACUGGAAACCAGCAUGAGAAGAUUAAAUUGGUUAAAGAUCAGACCUCAGGAAAUGACUGAAGACUGUUUCUGGGUAAAAGCAAAUGAAAAUAAGUAUGAGAGUGUGGAUUUGCUUUGUAAACUUGAGACUACGUUUUGUUGCCAGCCAAAAGAGAAAAGAGAAGAGGAAGAUUUUGAAGAGAAGAAAGCUAUUAAGAAACGAAUUAAAGAACUUAAAUUUCUAGAUUCUAAAACUGCCCAGAACCUUUCAAUCUUCCUGAGCUCUUUCCGGGUGCCAUAUGAGGAAAUCAAAAUGAUGAUAUUGGAAGUGGAUGAAGCACGGUUGGCAGAGUCUAUGAUUCAGAACUUAAUAAAACAUCUUCCCGAUCAAGAACAGUUGAAUUCACUGUCUCAGUACCAGAGUGAAUAUAGCAACUUAUGUGAACCCGAGCAGUUUGCUGUUGUGAUGAGCAGUGUGAAGAGGCUCCGGCCGCGGCUCAGUGCUGUCCUCUUUAAGCUUCAGUUUGAGGAGCAGGUGAACAGCAUCAAGCCUGACAUCAUGGCUGUCAGCGCCGCCUGCGAAGACCUCAGGAGGAGCCGGGGCUUCAGCAAGUUGCUGGAGCUGGUGCUGCUAAUGGGAAACUACAUGAAUGCCGGCUCCCGGAACGCACAAACCUUCGGAUUUAACCUUAGCUCUCUCUGUAAACUAAAGGACACAAAAUCAGCAGAUCAGAAAACAACACUUCUUCAUUUUCUUGUGGAAAUAUGUGAAGAAAAGCAUCCUGAUAUCCUGAAUUUUGUGGAUGAUUUGGGACAUUUGGACAAAGCUAGUAAAGUUUCUGUAGAAACCCUGGAAAAGAACUUGAAACAGAUGGGAAGGCAACUUCAACAGCUUGAGAAAGAUUUGAAAAUCUUUCCCCCUCCUGAAGACUCACAUGAUAAGUUUGUGACAAAGAUGUCCAGCUUUGUUAUCAGUGCAAAAGAACAAUAUGAGAAACUUUCAAAAUUACAUGAAAACAUGGACAAGUUAUACCAGAAUAUAAUGGCAUACUAUGCCAUCGACGUGAAGAAGGUUUCCGUAGAAGACUUCUUGACUGAUUUGAAUAACUUCAGAACCAUGUUUAUGCAAGCAAUGAAGGAGAAUUUCAAAAAAAGAGAAGAAGAGGAAAAAGAAAAACGUGCCAGGAUAGCCAAAGAAUUGGCCGAGAAGGAAAGACUUGAACGCCAACAAAAGAAAAAGCGCUUAUUAGAGAUGAAGACUGAGGGUGAUGAGACAGGAGUGAUGGAUAGUCUGCUGGAGGCCUUGCAGUCGGGGGCUGCCUUCCGCGACCGAAGGAAAAGGACACCGAAGCCAAAAGAUAUUCGGCAGAGUCUCAGUCCAGCAUCUCAGAGGCCUAUUCUGAAAGUUUGUAACCAUGAAAAUCAGAAGUUGCAGUUGACAGAAGGGUCACGUUCACACUACAAUAUCAAUUGCAGCUCAACAAGGAUUGCAGUCGCCAAGGAGCUUAAUUAUAAUCUAGACACUCACACGUCUACAGGGAGGAUCAAGGCAGUUGAGAAGAAGGAAGCCUGUAAUGCAGAAAGCAGCAGAAAAAAGGAAAUGGAACUUCUUGGCUCUGUUUCUAAAAAUGAGCCCAUUCCCGAAGUUGAAGCCCUGCUGGCAAGAUUACGAGCUUUAUAAAUUAAACUGGUAAAAAAUGAUUAAGCCAAAUAUAAAGCCAUGCUGUAAGCUGUAACACUUGAAAAAAUUGCUUUUUAUAUAAGUGACUUUAUGUAGUUUUAAAUUAGGAUAUAUAUUAGAAAAAUAAAGCUAAAUACAUGAUUGCAGUGCUUUUCCUAUGUACUUGAGGUUUUGGCUCAUUCGAGAUUGUAAUGGGCUUUAGUGCUUUCCUUGUCUCCCGGUGUUCGUGUGUUCUAUAUUUGGUGGUUGAAUUAUACAUAAUGCUUCAGAGAGCAGGUAGGUGGCCAGGUGUUCAGCAGUGUGUCCUUAAGAAAAUACCAUCUUUUUAAGUCCCUGGUUUUUACUUUACUAUUUUCAACAUUAGUGAACAUCAAAUCAUCAGCCUUCAGUCUUGCUACAUAUCCAUGUAUAUUCCGUGUAUGUUAUUUAUAUAGGGCCAGAUUUCUCCUUAAUUGGGAUCUGUAUGCUAUCAACGUAGCACGGAAAACAUAAACUGGAUAUAAUAAAGCUGUGAGGAGAUGAUUGGUAAGCUCAUUAUGAUCAUUGUUGAAUUCAUGUUAAUUAGACCCUGUUGGAGACUAUAUGGCAACUGAACACACUUCCAAAACUGAUGUAAUAGGAAUAUAUGUCCUCUCUUUGUAGAAUGCACAUACCUUUGUGUAAAUGGAUGCAAUGUUACAGUGCUGCCGAAACUCUUAGGGGAGAAAGCAUUUUCCCCCUGAUAAUGAUGACUCUGGGAUCAAAUUGCCAUUUUGAAACUUUCCACAUUAAGAAAUUUUAAUUUCUGUGAACAAACUUGAAAUUGCAGUUUCUUUGAUCUGACAAUCAAUCACUUUAACAAAAAUCUGAAGUGUUUCAAGAAAAGUCUUCUUAUGCAAAGGUUGCAAUUUUACCUCGUUGGGGGCAUCAAAUUAAUUCUGUUAACUCUAUAUCAAAGAAAAUAAACUUGUUAUUUGCACUAAAUAAAAAACGUUGCACCUUU